GCAUGAUUAGUGUCGUCAGAUUGUUAACUGCGUGCAUAGCUAGCAGUCGAUUCUGUUGCCAAGUUUUCUCUGGAUUAUGAUGAAUGAUAGAAAGGCGAUUAAUUGUAAUUGUGAUACUACAAGUCAAAGAGUGAUUUUAAACAAAUUAUUUAAUAAUUGGACCGAUUUGAAGCAGCUAUACAAACAUCAUCAUAUGGACGGUAUCUGAUCUUUGUUCUUCUGUGACCUUUCAGCUAAAUCACCAGUGAACUAUUUCAGGAUAUUGUUUGUUGUUAAUCUAGUGUUUUCUAGUUGCCAUUUACUUUUUAAAUAAGUUUUAUAUUUGUUAUUUGCGAAUCUUGUAUAAUGCCGAAGAAAUCUAAAAACACGAGAGCCAAAGGAGGAAAGGGUAGGAUUGAGGGCGGCAGCGGUUCUGACGAUGACUCAGUCUUCAACGAUAAUGCCUCCGUCGUCUCGAUGGUUGGGUCUGAGACCUCGACCAUCCAGGACGACAACCAAGUCGACGAGAGCAGUUCAGAGGAGACUUUCGAGAAUAAGUUGAAGGAUGCAAUUGAGCUCGCGUCAGAGAAAUCAGCGACCACGCGAACCAAGGGCCUUGAAGCUCUCUGUCAGGGUCUGAUAAAGAGAUAUGCUCCCGACUUUAUCGAGGGAAGGAAGGCGACAAUCUGCGACCUUGUUGAGAGAAGCAUGAAGAAGGGGAAGGGAUCAGAGGUUCAAGCUGCCGCUAAACUAGCAAUUCUCCUUGGAGUUCAACUCUUUGAUUGUGAAGAGGUCUACAAGGAGCUAAGACCUACCCUGCUGCAGAUUGUUUCAGAUAAAACUGAGUCUCCCAACUCAAGAGCAACAGUUGCCUCCGCCCUGGCCGGACUCUGUUUCCUGGGAGGCGGAGAGUUGGCGGAGGUUGUGAGUGUAAUGAAGGUCUUGGAAGGAAUCUAUACUUUGUCGGCAGCUAAGAAGGACGGAAGUGCAUCUACUGUAAGUCCGGAAACAGUAGUUCUCCAUACUUCCUGUUUAUCUGGUUGGGCUCUACUCUCUACUCUACUAACCCCAGGACAGAUAUAUGAGAAAAUAAACAGUCGUGUAAGUGUACUGCAGAGUAUGUUUACAUCUGUGGAUGUAGAUUUGAGAAUAACAGCUGGUGAGACUAUGGUACUGCUUCUAGAGAGUGUUUAUGAUCAUGAUGAGGAUUUUGAGCCUGAGAACUUUGAUGAACUGAUCUCCAGCUUGAAACAGUUGGCCACAGACAGCAGCAAGUCCAGGAGCAAGAAGGAUAGGAAGGAGCAGAGAUCAAGUUUCCGUGAUGUGCUACGAGGUGUAGAGGAGGGAGAAGGCCCAAAUGAGAAUAUCAAGUUUGGAAAGGAAACUCUAAAAAUAGAUUCAUGGUUCACUAAAAUACAGUACGAUUGGUUUUGUAAGAUGAUGGGAGCAGGAAUGAAUUAUCAUCUGAGCGUUAACAGUAUGCUUAGAGAAAUAUUUGAGCUCGGAGCUCCGCUCAAUAUACUAGAUGCAGACGGCUCAAAUAAACUCACUAAGACACAACGGAAUGCCGCCAACCAACAAGCUUUCAAGAUGAGAACGCAGGUGCGCAGCAAGAACAGGGACAAGAGAUCCGCAGUCUUCUAAACAUUAAAGAUGCAACAUCUUAACAAUUAUAUUCAAACUUUUCAUAAAUAUUUCCCCUCUAAAUGUAUUAAAAGUGUCAAGAAAUUAUAAUGAUGAAUCUAGAACUAUGAUUAAUGUAAUUUUUUCAAGGAAAAUAGUUUUUUUUAGGUUUUAAUCAUAUAGAUUUUCUAUUUUUAAAGCAUAAACUUUCAUAGGUAAAAUUGUUGCUCCUAAAAGUGAUAUUUUUUAUUUCGGUUACAGCUCAUAUGAAUUAAAUGCCACUAGAAAAAAUAAUUUCAUUUUAAACAUUUUAAUCAAGUUUCCUCCUAAAUAUAAGAUCGAUGUAGGUUCACUUUUUUAACAUUUCUACAUGUAAAAUACAAUCUGUUAAAGAAAUAGACUAAGUUUUAACCAGUGCUUAGGCCUUGGAUGGCACAAAUUCAACCAAAAUUAUACAAAAUCCUUUCCCAGAAAGUACGUUUAAAACAAGAUUUUUGGAACAAUUUCAUGAAGAUUUAAUUUAUCAGUCAAUGCGCCACACAUUUUUGCCAAAAAUAGAUCAGGAUUGAUCUUUUUACAGGACUGAUCUGGAUCAGUAGUUUGCAAGACCGAUCCAGAUUCAUUGUUUGAUGGAUCAAUUGUUUCAGAGGACAGAUCAUUGUUUGAUGGAUCAAUUGUUUAAUGGAUCAAUUGAUUCAGAGGACAGAUCAUUGUUUGAUGGAUCAAUUUCAGAGGACAGAUCAUUGUUUGAUGGAUCAAUUGUUUCAGAGGACAGAUCAUUGUUUGAUGGAUCAAUUGUUUGAUGAAUCAAUUGUUUCAGAGGACAGAAAGGGUCCUUUCCUUCUCAGGACUGAUCCAUAACCAUUGUUUCAUAGUAUGAAUCCAUAUCCAUUCCUUUACCGGACGAAUCCGGAUCCAUUGUUUUAAGAGGACGUAUAUGGAUCCUUUCCUUCACAGGACUGAUCCAGAUCCAUCGUUUUAUGGAUCAAUUGUUCCAAAGGUCAAAAAGGAUCCAUCCUUCCUUUCCUAGGACUGAUUGUUUCAGAGGACGUAUUCGGAAUCUUCCGUUCACAGGAUGGAUUGUUUUUUAAAGACGGAUCCGGAUCAGUUCCUUAACAUAAAGGAUCUGGAUUGUUUCACUUGACGGAUCCGGAUCAAUUCCUUAACAUAAAGGAUCUGGAUUGUUUCACUUGACGGAUCCGGAUCAAUUCCUUAACAUAAAGGAUCUGGAUUGUUUCACUUGACGGAUCAAACUGUAAUUGAUCCUAAGCAUUGUUUUUACUUCUCAACAUGUUUUCUUAUAUUCAUACUAUAUCGUUUAAUGUUACGGAUAUAUAAUACAUUACGUUUGAUAUAA